AUGUCGAUACCGAUCGAGCAAGGCUCGAAUAUACCAAUGACCGAAUACUCCUACUCCAACUCGCCCUCUCCUUUUAGCGUAGCUAAAAGCUACGACGAUGGCCGCAGCGUAGACAGUGUCAGUCCCAUACCUACUAACCCCCAGGCUAAGAACCGGGAGUCGAAUACGCCGGCUUAUGGAAAUGGAGUCCCGGCUACUGCCCCCAAUCAACCGGGUGGCAUGGGCCUGGCGCCCGAAGAUGAAUUCUUGCUCAACGAAGCCGAUGUCCAUGCGAAGGCUGUUGCAAAGCCAAUGCGACUGGGCUCUCUAACAGUGAUGUGCUUGAUUUUUAACCGCAUGAUUGGCACGGGUAUUUUUCGGACGCCAGCUGUGGUCUAUAGUUAUACACAGUCCCGAGAUAUCAGUAUGGCUUGGUGGGCAUUGGGCGCUGUUUCUGCCAUAGCCGGUAUUCUGGUGUACAUGGAACUCGGCCUCACCAUUCCCAUAUACAGGAUUGGCGGCAUAGAAGUCUCGGUCCCGCGAAGCGGAGGAGAACUCAACUACCUAAAACACAUCUUCAGAAAGCCCGCCUUUUUCACCACUUGCGUGUUCGGCAUUGCUUUCAUUCUCCUCGGCCAUGUGGCUAUGAAUGCGAUCGCUUUUGCAACCUCUGUCAUGGAAGCAUCAGGCCAAAUCAACCACCCUAACAGUGAAGCCGCUAUUAGGGGAAUCGCCAUAUGCACAGCGUUCGCUGCCUGCUUCAUCCACGGCGUUUGGCGCCAAGGUGGCAUCAUCCUCAACAAUAUCCUUGCUACCGUCAAAAUUGCCAUCCUCAUCUUUAUGUUUAUUCUCGGCAUGCUCGCCACAAGGGAUGAUAUCUUCCCCCCUGUAUCCGCCACCCAGUUCCCCCCGACCCCCUCGCGAGAAUCAAGAGCCAGCGCCUACACCUACGCCGAGGCAUUCCUCGCCAUCAUCUUCGCAUUCGGCGGCUUUAAUCAGGCCAACUACGUUAUCGGGGAAGUGGAUGACCCAAGACGCCGCUACAAAUGGCCCGCAUUCUCUGCCGUCGUGAUCGUCUCCAUACUCUACCUCUUAGUCAACGGCGCCUACUUCGCCGCCGUCCCCGUCGAGUAUUUCUCCGCCGAAGACCCCUUCAACGUCGCCCACCGCCUCUUUCUCUUCACCCUAGGCACCAUCUCACCCGCCUGGGAGGCCCGCGCGCCGAAACUACUAUCGGCAUUCAUGGCCGUCUCCAGCCUCGGCAACAUCAUAGUCAUGACCUACACCGCCGCGCGCGUCAAGCAAGAAAUCGCCAAAGAAGGCAUCCUCCCCUUCCGCAGCCUCCUCUCGCGCUCCUACCCCUCAGUCCGCAUCCCAAUCCGCGCCCUCUGGGGUUCCAAGCGCCCAACCCUCCGCGAAGAUGUCCCACUCCCCGCUCUCGUCCUUCACUUCUCCGUCUCCGUAAUUCUUAUCCUCGCGACCUGGCGCCUCUCCACAUCCGCCACCUACACCCUCCUAGUCGACCUGUACUCCUACACCGUCGAUGCUGCCUUCGGCGCUUUCAUCGGCUUCGGGCUGCUGUAUAUGCGCUUCCUCUCCAGCCGCGGAUGGGCCGCCCAGUCCCGCGCUAGUGGAUUCCAGGUCCCCGCCUAUGUCAGUGGCCCUGCGGCACUCUUUUUCGCCAUCGCGAAUACGUUCCCUAUAGCGGCGAAGUGGGUGCCUCCCGACAUGGCAACGAAGGCGUUACUGUUGGUUCCGUGGUUCACGACGGGGACUGUGGGGACGGUGAUUAUGGUCGUUGGGGUGCUGUGGUGGGCGGCCUUCCGGUGGGUGGUGCCGAAGGUGGGAAGGGGAAGGGUGGGAAGGUUUUUGAUGGUGACGAGGAAGUUGUGGUUGACGGAGAGGGAUGGGUAUAAGGUGCUUGAAUAUGAGGAUAUUGAGUUUAGAUGGGUGACGAGGGAUGGAGAAGACGUGGCCGGGCCGUGGAUGGAGAGGCAGGUGGUGGCGGGUAGGGGGGAGACGGAGAGGAGGAUGGCGGCCGAUGGGAAUCUAUAGUGGUUAAAAGGGUAGAGGGGGUGGCGGAAGAUGGACCAGGAGUUCCAUGUAAUUUGUACGUACUUAGCGUUUUGGAUACCCUUUUAAUAGACAGCAGUUUUAAG